AUGUCAGUCAGCAUGGAUACCAAGAAACGACCCAUGUCGUCUGCGACUGACGACAAGCUGUCGACCACUGAAGGGCAGGUCGACAUCACCGAUGCUGCUUACCGUCGGAUGCCAGAUUCCCUUCGUGAUCUUGGUCAAGAUGAAAUGAAGGCCUUGAACAAGAAGCUUGUCCGCAAGGUCGAUCUCUUCGUUCUACCAACCAUCAGCAUUCUCUAUAUUCUCAACUAUAUCGAUCGUCAGAACCUGGCUGCUGCCAAGCUGCAGGGAAUCAUGGAUGAUCUCAACAUGGACACUCAACAAUUCGCCACUGCAGUCUCGAUUCUUUUCGUCGGUUACCUUCCUUUUCAAAUCCCAAGCAAUCUUAUCAUUACGAAAAUUUCUCGACCGGGAAUGUAUAUUUGUGCUGCUGUCGCUAUCUGGGGUUGUAUAUCGGCCGCAACAGCAGCAGUGAAGACGUACGGUCAGCUCCUUGCCGUGCGUGCCGUUCUCGGUGCUGCAGAAGCGGUCUUCUUCCCCGGUGCGAUCUAUUAUCUCUCGGCUUGGUACACAAAGACGGAACUCGGCAAGCGUAUUGCUGGUCUUUAUAUCGCUCAACAAGUUGGAAACGCUUUCGGUGGACUCUUCGCCGCGGCUAUUCUCCAACUAGAUGGCGCACACGGUAUCGCUGGCUGGCAAUGGCUUUUUAUCAUCGAGGGCAGUGUCACGGUCGGUGUUGGUGUCAUUUGUGCUUGCAUCAUGCCCGAGUUCCCUCAUAACAGCCGUAUCCUUUCCCAGGUGGAACGCGACCUCGCUGUCUGGCGUAUCGAAUCUGAGUCAGGUGCCGCAGAGGCUUCGGAGAAUGAAACUGUUCUACGUGGCUUUGCCAAGGCACUGUCUGAUCCGAAACUACUGUUGCUAAUCUUCUGCAACAUGAUGUCCCAGACACAGGGGUCUAUCGCCAACUAUUUCCCUACCCUUGUUGGUUCCUUGAACUUCAACAGCACGAUCAGUCUCUUGCUUACAGCCCCUCCCUAUAUCCUCGCUGGCAUUGUCUAUUACUGGGUCAUGUUUUACUCCGAUCGGAAGAACACGGUCUAUCCCUUGAUCCUUGUUUGUAUCGCCAUCGCAAUCGUCAUGUACGUGAUCCAGAUGGCGACCCUCAAUACCGGCGCACGAUACUUCUCGAUGAUGAUUUUACCUUUCGCCUCCGUCGGUCCACAACUGCUUCUCUACAAGACCAUCAACUUGCACCUGGCCCGACCAGUCUCUAAGCGUGCUGCUGCUUCGGCUUUGGUCAAUGCGAUUGGUGGUACCUCCAACAUCUGGGCUUCCUAUCUAUAUUACUCCUCUCCACACUUCUAUGCUGCCUUUGGAACUCUUAUGGGUGCUGCCUUUUUGUUCGCCAUCACUAUCACCGUUUACCGCUGGUUGAUACUGCGUGAAAAUAAGCGUCUUGACUCUGGAGAGGAAGUACUCAUUGCGAAGGCUAUGAAGGGCGGUGUCACGGAAGAAAUGGUCCAACUCAACUGGCGGUACGAAAUGUAUUAG